GGGAGAGGUCGGCGCUGAUGGCUGGGUGAGCGGGGCCGGGGGACUGGGCGCCCGUGCGGCGUUCCGGGGCCGCCUGCUGCCCGCAUGCGGGAGGCGGGAGUGGCCAGCGGCCCGCCCCACUCUUCCCCGUCCGCAGGGGCGCGGGUCCCGCCUCCGUCCCGGCCCGACACGGUCAGCCCGGCCAGGUCCUUGAAGCUGCUGUGUGCUUCCCUUCAGCGUCAAGGCUUCCACACUGCCGGGGGUCACUACAAGGGUCGCACCGGCGCUGAGCAUCUGUGGCUGACACGGCAUUUGAAGGACCCAUUUGUGAAGGCUGCGAAGGUGGAGAGUUACCGGUGUCGAAGUGCCUUCAAGCUUCUGGAGGUGAACGAGAGGCACCAGAUCCUGCAGCCUGGCCUCCGGGUGUUAGACUGUGGGGCGGCUCCAGGCGCGUGGAGCCAGGUGGCUGUGCAGAGGGUCAACGCCGCAGGCACAGAUCCUGGCGCUCCUGUUGGCUUUGUGCUUGGGGUAGAUCUUCUUCACAUCUUCCCCCUGGAAGGAGCGACUUUUCUGUGCCCUGCUGAUGUGACUGACCCAAGAACCUUCCAGAGAAUCCGAGAACUGCUUCCUGGAGGGAGAGCAGAUGUAAUUCUCAGCGACAUGGCACCCAAUGCCACAGGGAUCCGGGGCCUCGAUCACGACAGGCUCAUUAGCCUGUGCUUGUCCCUUCUAGACUUGGCUCCAGACACCCUGUGCCCUGGGGGAACAUUCCUUUGUAAAACCUGGGCUGGAAGUCAAAGCCAUCGGUUACAGAAGAGACUGACAGAGGAAUUCCAGAACACGAAGACUGUGAAACCUGAAGCCAGCAGGAAAGAGUCUUCAGAGGUGUACUUCUUGGCCACACAGUAUCGAAGAGGGAAGGGGUCUGUGAGGGCCUGAGGGUUUCUUCCGCCUCUUCUGGUCCCUUUUGACGUAGCCUGAGCUCUUUCCUGAAGUGCGGCUGGGGAGACAGAGCUCGAUCUGAUCCCGGCCAUGCAGCAGGCAGGACAAGUGGGGACCGUUUUUGUAAAAUCAAAAAGAUAGGACAAAGUAUAUUCAGUGUCCAUGAUAUAUGAUAACAGUCUCUCUAACAUGAUUCGUGAGGAGGAAGUUAUGAGGAAGAGACAGGCAGAGGUAACAGGAAGAGAAGAUAGACCGCGGAAGGAAGGAUAAACACGAACACGCUGAGGCAGAGAUGCACGCACACACACUUGUAUGUCAGUGCUCAUCUUGCAGACUGUCAGCACGUUACAGAGAAACAGCUUCCACUGCGGCUCCUAGAACACAGCACACAGGUUUCCAGUUGUUAUUUUGGCUUUCCAGUGCGAUGUAGAAAAGUGAAAUUUCAGCCUGGGGAUUAAUUUCCAUCUCUCUGGUGAAUGAUCUAGAAACACAUCCAUUCUUCAAGCAGCGCAGAGUUCCCAGAGCAAUUAAGGAAGACAUUUGGUAUGAAUUAUGCACGGGGUGGUGUGCUUUGGUUUUUGCCGCGAAUAUGCGUUGCUUGCUGUAAUGCCCCAAGCUCCCGAGACCAUAAAGGUAAUUGCCAAAGCAA